AUGGUAAGCCUAAGCUCUUGCGUUCGGGCUGCUCUGCGUAGUCUCUACCCUGGGCUCCGUAUGCUGCAGUUUACACCGAGGCGCAUAUUCGGCCUUUUGCCGGUGCUCACCGUCUGCCUUCUGAUAGCUCUGGGCUAUAUAGCAAUCGUGGUGGUGACCCUCGUACCAAUGCUGGCCGCGAAACCGUUCUGGGCGACAGUGCUACUCCUAUUAGUUCACUGCAUUCUUGUGCUGUUACUGUGGUCAUACGCCGCGGUGGUGCUUGUUGACCCGGGGCACGUUCCAGCGACGUGGUCCUUCGCCCGCCUUGGGUGGCCUCUUGAGCUUCGAGGCUCACCGGAAGCACGGGAUUUCGUGGCGAAAAGUGACCUGUCCGACGCAGCGGACGGUUCUGAACGUGGAAUGCUCGUCGAAGGCCUACGAUUCGUCCCUAAUGACAAAGUCAAGCUUCCUGCGGUUGUGCUCAUGCGAAAUCGAUUCAACAGAUAUCGAUACUGCAGCAAGUGUCUGAUCUACAAGCCUGACCGAGCGCAUCAUUGCAGUGCACUGGAACGCUGCGUUCUAAAGAUGGACCACUUUUGUCCGUGGACGAAUAACACUGUCGGCUUCUAUAAUCACAAGUUUUUCGUGCAGUUUCUUUACUAUGGAUUUAUGGCAUGCCUCGUCACAGCAGUUCUAUCUUUUCCAGCGAUUGUACAGCGCCUAUCGAUGGAGAUCUCUGACGAGCAAACAAGAGAGUUCGUCAUCGUCAUUCUCGGACUUAUUGGCUGGAUUGUUUGUGUAAUUUUCGCGUUUGCCUUACUUUUUUUCGCUGCGUUUCAUACGUACCUUGUGCUCAGAAAUCGCACAACGAUAGAGACAUAUGAAGCAACAGAUCCAACUACAGCAUUGGUACUGGAGGCGUUUGAUUUGGGGCCCAGAGCGAACUGGAAGAGUGUGUUUGGGGAGCACGUAUGGGCGUGGAUCCUUCCGGUGUGGAGCAGACACCAUCGCGGAGACGGCAUCUCAUGGGAAACCAGGGUUCACCGGGAAGCCUUCGUCUAA